AAUAUAAAUAAAAUAUUUGACUGCUCAUUUCGAACAUUUCGACAAAUGUUCAUAUUGUUCAAUUGUAUUACAUUUUUACUUAUUUUAUCAUCAUCAUCAUCAUUAUUACUUAUUGAUUGUCGAUCAGAACCAUCACUAUCAUCAUGUUCACAACAGCAACAUCAUCAAACAAUAUCUCAUGUUCAGAAUCAAAAAUAUCAACAACAACAACAACAAAAUCGACAAAGUGCAGCAUCGACGACAAAUAAUCAAGAAAAUCGUGUGCCAAAUAAUAACCGAGUGCCUGAUAAUAGUGAUAGUAAUAAUAAUAAUAAUAAUAAUGAUAACAAUCAAUGUCAGCUACAGGUGGUAAAAUCAACAAAUGAAAUUCAAUCAUUUCAAUCUUUCCAAACAAUCAAUGAUUUUGAUUGUGAACAUUUGAAUUUCUGUGAUGAUCGUCUUGGUUUUGAAGCCAUCCUUUUUCUUCAUCGUCAAUUAGAUGAAGAUGCUAAUGGUGAUAUCGAUAUAGCUGAAUCGGAUGAAUUUAUUCGUGAUGAAUUAAAAUAUGAAAAUGGUGCCGAACGACAAAAAGCAUUCCAUGGUAAUGAUAAACAUAUUACCGUUGAUGAAUUAUGGCGAGCAUGGCGUAUAUCGACUGUACACAAUUGGACCGUUGAUCAGACUGUUGAAUGGUUAAAUGAAAUUGUUGAACUGCCUAAAUAUCAAAGGGUAUUCGAAACGAAUGCAAUCAAUGGAAUAACGCUUCCACGUUUAGCUGCCAAUCCACAAAUUUUCUCCUUACUAGGAAUUAAUAAUCCCAUACAUAAACAGAAAAUUGCAUUAAAAGCUAUGGAUGCUGUAUUGUUUGGUGAACCAAAAUCAAAAAGCUCAAAUAAAGAUGUGAUCAUGGGCUUUCUAUUUAUUUUUGCUACUGUUGUUGGUUAUUAUGCCUAUCGACAAAAUAAAUAUUCCAAAGAACAUAUUAGAAAAAUGACAAAAGAUAUUGAAACAUUAUCCGUCUAUGAAAAACAAAUUGAAACAAUGCAAAGUGAAUUAGAUAAAUUAAAACAAGAACAACAGGAAACAUCUAAAGAAAAAGAAGAAAUGGAACGUAAACUUAGAGCUAAAGAAAUGAUCAAAGCUAAUAAUGGAGAAUAUUUUGAUAUUAAAACAUUAGCAUCCGAUACUGAUGAUCGUAUGAGAGAAUUAGAAGAUGAAUUACGCGAAACUCAUUGUGAAUUGAAACGUGUACAACAAGCAUAUGAAAGUCGACAAUGGAUUCCACCACGUGCUUUACAACUUUAUCUACAAUUUACAUAUGAAAUUGAAAAUCGAUAUUAUAAUAUGAAAAAAGCUAAUGCUGAACAUCAAUUACAAGCGGCAAGAGAAGGUUGUGAUAAAUUGAAAAAGAAACGUUCAUCACUAUUUGGAGCAUUUCGUAUGGCACAUGGUUCGGCAAUUGAUUAUGUCGAUAAUACUAUAAUUCAAGCACGAACAUUACUUGCUGAAUUAACACAGGAAAUGCAUGAACGUAUUAAACGAUGGAAACAGAUUGAAUUGUUUUGUGGUUUCGAAAUCAUUCAUAAUCCAGGUUUAAGUCAUUUAGAACAAUUUUUAUAUGGAACAACAGGAAUAAGUAAUUCAUCAAAUCAAUUAAAAACAUCUGCAUCAACAGCUUCGAUGUCAAAAUUGUUACGUCGAGGUAGUGAAGCUACCAUUGCUGAAGAAGAUGCUGUUUCCAUAAUUUCCGCUCAAACAAAACCAUAUAGUCCUUGGCAUUCAACUAUUCAAGCCGUUCAGGCUAUAGAAAGGUGGCAAAAUCAACAAAUAUCCACUAAUUCUAUUCCUAUUAAAAAGGCAUCGAUUCAAUCAUUAUACCAAAUUCCACAAAAAAGUUCAAUGAACGACGAAAAUUGCAAUGAUAGUGACUUUUACAUUGGCGAGGAUUCCCAACAAUUGGCGAAUGAUGGUUGCCGAUCUGGUCUUCCAAUUAAUCGAAAAAAAUCAUCAAUAAUACCAACAAAAGUACAUCAAUCGUUUAAUAUAAGAAGUAGCAGUGAUGGCGUGGAAAGACAUUUUGAAGAGAUCAAUCAAUCGCUUUAUAAUGAUCAACAUUCAAACAUUUGCUCACAACCAAAUAUAUCGAGCUCGGAUAUGUCAUUCGAUACUAGUUCGAUUACAAGUGCUUAUUAUCCUACUAGACAAAUUGAAAUUAAUAAUAGCAACAAUUCAAUUUAUUCGAUAUCGAUACAACCAAAAGAUUUAUUAUUCACUAAUGAAUCAAAUGAUGAAACAAUUUCUUCCGAUUCGAAUGAAUCAACUAACAAUAUCAAUGCUACUGCAUCAUCCAACAUAAAUGGCAAUGAUCUCAUCAAUAUGGUUAAUGAUGGUGAUGGCAAUAAUGAAAAUCAAAAUAAUGAUCAUCAAAAAAGAAUCGAUAGAAAAAAUAAAAAACGACAUGUCGGUUUAUUUAGUGGCAUACGAGUUAUGAAGAAAAAAAAUUGAACACACCAUAUUUAUUUUGAAC